UGUGGUUGGUUGCAAAAAAUGUUCCAAGCGGAUCGUCGUGAGCUCCCGAGCCAUGCCAGUCAGUUGGCUGUGCCUCCCAAGGAGCAGGAUCAUCCCUGUCUGGUACUGGUCCCAGAUAUGUACCAGGAUAUGCAGUUUCCGGAUAUAUGGCUGCGGGAUAACUGCCUCUGCCAGGAGUGCUUCAUGCCCCAGACAUUAAGUCGCUUGCCACAGUUGUGGAACAAUCUGGACACCAGUGUCAGGGUCCUGCGUCAGGAGGUGGAUGUGGAGCAGCAGGUUCUGUAUAUCGAGUGGUCCGAUGGACACUUCUCCCAGUAUCCGUACAGCUGGCUACGCGAACGCGACUUUUCGGAGGCAAAUCGCGAGCGAUAUCUGCGCGACUUUUACCGCCCCGAACAGCAGCUUUGGAGCGGACGCGAUUUCGAGCACAUACGCCGUGUUUUCAACUACCAGGAGCUACUAACCAACGACUGCGUGCUGCAACAGUGGCUGCAGCACCUGGCUGUGUUCGGGGUGGCGCUUGUCAAGGAGGCGCCACUGCAGAUGGAUGUCCUGCGGCAUUUGUGCAACCGCGUCGGCUUCAUGAGACGCACGACUUACGGCGAGGAGUUCAGCGUCCGGGCCCAGCCUGGAGCCAGCAACUACGCCUACCUGGCCGCCCCCCUGCCCCUCCACACGGACAUGCCGUACUUCGAGUACCUUCCCGGCGUCACCCUGCUGCACACUCUGGAGCAGUCGGCCUCCCCCGGUGGCGUCAACCUCCUAACGGAUGCCUUUUACGUGGCAGAUAUCCUGCGCGAACGAUAUCCGGAGCACUUCCGGGUCCUCAGCCAAACGCCGGUCGACUGGGCGGACAUCGGGCAGGACGGGGAUCUGCAGUUCCACAAUAUCUGGCGGGCUCCUGUGAUCAACUUGGAUGCCGAGGGAAGGUGUGUCAGGAUUAACCACAGCAUUCCGCAGCGGGAUAGCCACUUCAGCGUGGCCCUGGAGGAGGUGCGUCCGUGGUACGAGGCGAUGGCCACCUUCGUGCGGUUGGCCCAGGAGCACUCAUGCAGCUUCAAGACCACGCCCGGGGACGUGCUGACAUUCAACAAUCUGCGCUUGGUCCACGGACGCACAGGAUACGACGACACGGACCGCAAUGUGCGCCACAUCCUCGGUGCCUUCAUCGACUGGGACAUAGUCUAUUCCCGGCUUCGUGUCCUGCGGCGGGCGAACACCACAUGCCACACAUCCUUGACACAGUCUGGGUCUUAAAUUAUGGAUGCCAGAUUAAUUACUGGUCGACUGCAAAACAAACACAAACUCAAUCAAUGCCAAACUCAAAAGCAUCUUGAUUGACACC